UUUACCCUAGACUAGACAGUACGCUUCGUCAUCGAUAUUUUUUUAAGCCCUAAAUCUCCGCUUUUGUCAUCGAAAAUUCUCCCAAUUGCUUUGUAUCUCGUUUCGUCAAGUAACUGAAGUAUCGAUUUUUUUUCUUCCUUGCAGCAACUUGUGUUUUUUAAAUCACAGUUUUGCAAUUUUGUGUGAACGUGUGUGUAUAUAUAUUGAAUUUUCAGAGCGUCAAAUUCUCAGCCUUUAACAAACAUUGGUUGAAACUUUCUAUAAUAUUUCUGGAUGGCUAAUUAAUUUUUACUUUCGUCCUUUGAUAGCAUCUACUGCUAUCUGAUUCCCAUUACAUGUCAGACCUUCAAUUUCGGCUAAUUAAUUUAUUUUACUAGUGUUCAAGGUAAAAUAGGUGCCUUUUUCCCUCUGCUAAUAUUUUUCAAAGUAAAUUUGGUGUCUUUUUCCCCUUUUGAAUAUUUCUGUCUUCUAAUAUGAGUUACGUACAAUGUAUAUUUAUGUGAUAGUGCAAUCCCAUCACUCAACAUUUGUUUCCAUUUUUAUUUUAUUUUUUGCAGUUGUUAACUUUAUCAGAAGUGGUGAAUCAGCGAGCGAGAUGGGUGAUGUUCUUCCCCUGUGCGCCUCUCCCCACCCCUGCGUUGAACCUCCCCGUGCCUCUCGCUUUUGCAGCAUUGUGAGUGUUUCCUAUCAGAAGUGCAGGCGCUUUUUGAGGGCCGUGGUUUCAAUCUUGAAGAUGAUUAGGUUACCCGGUUUAUGUACUUGUAGUCAACCAGCCGAUGUAGUGGGUGAUAGACUGGAUUUGGUUUUUUCUUGGUUUUAUUCCUUUAUGGUGUAUAUGGGCUGUCUUUCCAAUUUUUGGGAAGGGUGCCAGUGAUAUCACCGUUAUCAGUUACUAUAUUGUUAGCACUACUGCGUAUCUGAUUCCAUGGUACUCUGUUAUGUAUUGGCAUCGCGAGAUGUCGCCUUUCCGGUUAAUUGGUGCUAAGGCGAUAUUUAUGAUCGAGGUCAUUCCUAUGAUAGUUACAGCAGCCUUGCCUCACCUUUUGGAGUACAAUGUUGGUUAUUUCGUUAUACUACUAGGCUGCACCACAUGUGUCUAUAUCUUUGCCCACUUCAUGCACGCAGCGUAUGAUAUUGGACUCUCUGACUUUUUGCUGGGAUUAGCAAUGCUUGUUCUUGUUAACUGGCUGAAUGAAGAAUUGCUAGUUGGUGUUUUGGCUUUGAGCUUCUGCCUUUGUUUAAGUUUCUACAGAUACAUGACUUAUUGUGCUCUUGAAUUACCUAUUCAUCCUAAAAAGGAGUUGGAGGAAGAGCUGCCUUGUUGAUCUGAAGGGGACAUUUCUCUUUUGCUUUUUGUGUUAAUAAUGAGUCUUUGAUAGACAUGUAUUUGUUCUAGCUUUAUCUUGUGUCCUUAUUGUUGAACAUAAUUGUACAUCAAUGGAGAUUAGGAAAAACAUCUAGAAA